AUGAACAGAGAAGAUCUGGUGGCUUCAGAGAGGGCAUCGGCUCUGUGUAACGCUUGUGAUCUCUCUGGAAAAAGCCUGUUUGUUCUGCCACACACUGAUCACUUGGUGGGCUACAUCAUCAGGUUGGAGAACGCUUUCUACGAACAUGCUCAGACCUACUACUACACAGAGAUUCGUCGAGUCAAAUCGCAUAAAGAGUUCCUCAACAAGACGACACACCAGCUGCUGUUUGUCAGACACCAGUUUAAAAUUGCUUUCUUCAGUGAGCUGAAACAGGACACCCAGAACGCCCUCAAGUACUACAGAACUGCUUACAGUCUAGUUCACGAGCUCCGAGCACACGAGACCAACAUAUUGGAAAUUAAAACUCUGGCUGGAUUCAUCAGCUAUAAGAUCUGUCGCUUGUGUUUCCAACAUAACACCCCUCUGGAUGCCAUCGCUCAGUUCAGGAAGCACAUGGACCUGUGUAAGAAGAAGAUUGGUAGUGCUGAACUGGCUUUUGAGCAUUCUGCAUGGAUGUCCAAACAGUUCCAGUCAUUUGGUGAGCUCUUUGAUGAGGCCAUAAAGUUGGGUCUGACAGCCAUUCAGACUCAGAACCCGGGAUUCUACUACCAACAAGCUGCCUGUUACUGCCAUGACAGGAAGCAGCUGGCACAGCAGCUCUGUCAGGCUAUGGUGAGUUAUUCCUCCACAGACCUACUGGAUCCCCAGAGUGGAGGACUGGACUUCUAUGGCCAGAGACCCUGGAGACAAGGACACCAGAGUAUUGAUCCUCCUGAUGCAGAGAAGGAGAAGAUGGGGAUUUUGGCCCUUCAGAUUAAAGAGAGAGAUGUCCCUCAUUCUUUGGACCCGAACAGCGCCUCUGGGGUGAUGGGGCCCUCCAGCAGGUCUUUCUGUAGCCUCUCGGACAAGACUGGCUAG